ACCGCAUGCGCCGUCAAUUUCGCCGUAUGUUGACGUACAUACGUAUGCGUUGGCUUGUUUACUAAAAUCGACCGGCAAAUUAAUAUUAUUCGUUCACGAUGAAUUCCUGGAUACAGUACAUCCAGUCUAUACCGACGCACAUGGACUAUGAUGGUCAAGCGCGGGCAGAAAGAUUAUCGAGAAUGAUCAUCAUGCUGUUUGGGGUGGUUGGAUUAGUCUGGGGAUACGUUAUUCAACAAUUUUCGCAAACCAUGUACAUACUUGGUGCAGGAUUUGUAUUGGGAGCUUUAAUCACUAUACCACCGUGGCCUAUGUAUCGACGUAAACCUUUGGAUUGGCAAAAACCACAGUCGGAAGUCACAGUUAAACAGAAAAAGAAGAAGUGACUUUCCACGAUCGAUCUUAAAAAUAUUUUGUUGCCCUAUGCUUUACUACAAAAUAUUCGUCGAUACCAAGUUUGAUGCAUCGCAUCGCGCAUUUACAUUGAUGUAUUUAUGAUAUUAAUGUAUAAUUUAUAAAGAAGACAGUAAGAAGGAAAAUAUAUUAACUAUGAUUGUUUUAACCAUAAAAA